AUGUUGAAGAAAUUCCUAAUUGUUUUCCUGGCUGUGGCCAUUUGCUUCGCCGCUGCCGAUCCCAUACGCCAAAAACCCCUUAGAAGACGUGUUUCAGCACGCCAAGAAGUGGCACCACCAACACCAGCUCCUACCGGUUAUCCACCAGCUGGAGUUACACCUGAAAUACCAUUCGAAUUGCCCACUGAGACUGAAAAACCCGAACCCCAACCCGAUGAAGUUUAUGGACCACCAGAACCUCAAGAACCUCAACCUGAUGAAGUUUACGGCCCACCAGAAACCACCGAAACAAAUACUGAUGCUGCUGAAGAGUUCCCACAAGAACAGGCUCCCGAAGAAGAAGUAGUAGUUCCUGUUGAGGAAGAACUAGAAGAAGAAGCCGAAGCCGAGGAUGUCGAUGAAGUCGAAGAAGAAGUGCUGCUUAACGAUGAUGGUACCGUAAUUGCCGUCUCCACAUCUUUCGAUCAGGGAGAGAAACCAGCUCGUUUGGUAUACCAACGUUUCCCACAAAGACGUCAACCACCUGCAUCAGUACCAGCUCGCUUGAGAUUGGCUAAGAUCCGUCAACCUGCUGCUAUUGUAUACACCACCCGUUACCAAAGACUGUAA